AUUUUCCCGACGUUGCAGUUUAUAAAUAAAUAAGUAUAAAUUUGGCUGCAUUAUAAAUUUUCUUGUAUUUCAAAAUAGUGUUAAAACGGUCCAAACGGUGCUACAUAAAACGUGAAUAUGUGGAAAUCCGUUUGUAUAACCAUUCUAAUUUUGGGAUUGUCCUAUGGAAAAAUAUUGAAUGAGACAAAUGGCAUGCUGGACGCAAUGACGGUUGGUCCAGUGAGACACUUCUUACAAGAAAUAACGUCAUUUGAACCAAUAAAAGUACCAUCUCUUUCUAUAAUCAGAGAACUUAAAAUAGAAUUGGAAAAUGAUCACAAGUUAGAAUUGGAAGGAAAUUCAGAUGCGAAAAAAAGAGGCAUCGACACACCCGAUGGCAACAUGACUUCAAUGUUUGGACCACAUCUUAUUACAAAAAUGGAAUCAGUUUCAAUACAUGAACAAGGAUUUAUUUAUGGAGACAUUGUGCAUCGUGCGCUAGAAUAUGCCAAGGGAGAUUUCCCUCUCACAACUGGACACCAAACAUCGGUAUUUACAACUUCACCUGAAAUGAGUCCAACAAAUAUGGUAACAGACACAACGGAAAUUACGUCAACACCAGGUACCACCGUGACAACAACAACGCAGAUAAGUCAUCGAAGAAAAAAGCGAAGUGUCGAACAAGUAUUGUCAGAAACAGACAUAGAACAAAUAGAUCAGUUCAUCUCAGACCUCCCAGACGCUAACCUCUUAGAUCUUCCAUGUCCAUUCAGUUUUACAAAGUGUGACGAAACUGCAAAAUACCGGACUAUUGAUGGAUCCUGCAAUAACCUGGAACAUCCGUAUUGGGGGAAAUCAUUUACUCCAUUUGACAGAUUUUUAAAAGCAGAAUAUCAGGAUGGAUCACAAGCACCUAGAAUAUAUGGCAAACUUGGUGUAGCAUUAGAGGGUCCACGUGAGAUAAGUAACUUUGUACACACCACAAGUACACUUGCCGAUCUUGAUCCACCAAUUAGUUCCUAUAUGAUGACAUUUGGGCAGUUCCUGGAUCACGAUAUAACAAAAACAGCUUUAGCCAAAGGAGCAUAUCCUUUUAAUUUAGAUUGUUGUAAUACUGAUAGACAAAACAAUUCAGAUUGCUUUCCAUUCACUAUACCUGGUGACGACCCUUACCAUCGGGUAAUAUUAGGAACUAAUAGGAGAUGCAUAAAUUUUGUCAGAUCUGUAGCGGCAUGUGACCUUGGUUGCAAUUUAGGUUAUCGUGAGCAGAUUAAUGAACUGACACAUUAUAUUGAUGGUUCUAGUGUUUAUGGUUCUACUGUUGAAGAACUGAAUGAAUUGAAAGACCCUACUGAUAAUGGAAUGAUGAUGGUUUCGAUGGAUGAUAUGCUGCCUCUUGAUGACGACAAUACUCUGAGUUGUACCUCGGAUGUAGGUCAGACAUGUUUCAGAGCAGGUGAUGUGCGGGUUAAUACACAACCCGCGCUUAGUUCCCUACACAAUAUAUGGGUAAGAGAGCACAACCGAAUUGCCCAGCAUUUCAAAAAUAGCCCCGAAUGUUACAACUGGACUGGACAAAAAAUUUUUGAGGAAACUAGACGCUACGUUGCUGCAGAAAUUCAACACAUCACCUAUAAUGAAUUUUUACCAAAACUGUUAAGUGAAGAAAUCCGUGAACAGUUUGGUCUGGUACCAUUAUCGGAUGGAUAUUUCACAGACUAUGACCCAAGCGUGCGACCAAUGAUCCGAAGUUCAUUUUCAACGGCAGCAUAUAGAAUGGGACAUAGUUUAAUAAGAGAUAAGUUUUUCUUUCCUAACAGUGCUUUUGAUCUUCACGUCCAUUUGAACAAACCUGAUUUAUUAUACGAACCUAAUGGUAUAGAGCGUUGUACACGAGGUAUGUAUGAAAAUAAAGCACAAAAAAUAGACGAGAAGAUAACGAGAGAAGUCACUUGGAAACUGUUUGAAACAAUAGCAGGAAAUGGUGGGGACUUGGCGGCUUUCAAUAUUCAGCGUGGUCGUGAUCAUGGACUUCCGUCAUACACAACGUGGCUACACUGGUGCACAGGGAAAUCAGUCGAAACUAAUAAUUUUAACCCAGGUGUAGAAGGGGGUCUUUUUUAUCACAGUGCAGGAGCCUCGUCAAAGCUGAAUAGAGCUUAUGCGUUCACUUGUGAUAUAGAAUUGUUUCCUGGAGGUAUAUCGGAAGAUCCUUUACCAGGCAGCAGACUAGGACCAACAUUUACAUGUAUACUAGCUUUGCAGUUUAGAGCUCUUAAAUAUGGUGAUAGAUUCUUCUAUGAGGGGAAUACUCCACUGAAUCCGCAUCCAUUUACACCACAAGAACUUGUUGGUUUCCGUCCAAUAACAAUGGCAAAGAUAAUAUGUGAAAAUACUAAUAUUGAACAAAUACCACUAGAUGUAUUUUUAGAACCUUCAGAAAGCAAUCCGCUUAUGAAUUGCACGGACCUUCCCGAUAUCUGUUUCCCUAAGAAUGGUGGAUGGGGCGAUUGGAAAGAUAGUUGUUGCAGUAAUUGUUGUACCAGACAACAAUACCGAUCAUGUGAUAAUCCUCCACCAAAUGAAUGCGGAAAACAAUGUGACGGAUGCAAUUUCAGAUACAAAAACAAGUGUCACUAGGCGAAGGACACGGAGGCUGCUGUCACUACGGUGGCCAUUGACAUGGGGGAUGCUAUCACUUUCAUGACCAUCAAGAUGGCCAUUAGGUUCUUCAUCUUGUAAACAGUAGAAUAGGAUAACCCUUCUAAAAAAAUUCUAGUAAAGUAAAUCAUUUGGUAAUGUUACCCAUUUUCAUAAUUGUAGAAGUGUAACGUUAAAACGUUAUUUUUUUAACGUGAAACUUUAAAAGUAUGUAAGUAUGCUAAAACAUGAUUGUAACUCCAUCAGGAAAAGCUGACCAUAGACAAUUUUGAUUGGUCUAUUAAAACCCUUCUUGUUUGUAAGCUCUCUGACGUUUUAUAUAUUUUUUACUUUUUAAACUUUUAGUCAAGAACGUAAUUGAUAAAAAUUAUUCUAGGAACACGUAUUGUUUGCAAGGAAAUAUCAUUUGGUCUUUGUUAGAUUUAUCAGGUAACAUAUUGUGACCUGACCGAUAUAUUUGAAACACACUGAAAGAUUUGACAAGGAAAAACCUUAAAAAUGCUUAACAAUGAAUAUUAGCCUGUUGUGUGAGUAGGUCUCAAUUGCUGGAUUGACAGCGAAAUGUAAGAGUGAUACUACUUAACUUUAGUAAUUAUAUCAGUCUAAACGUUUCAAAAUUGUUACUAGUAUAAAUCAAAUUGAAUGUUUUAAUCCAAACUUUAUUUCAUAGUGCUUGAUAUCAUGAUUUAUGUAACAUACCUAUUCGUUUUGUAUUGUGUCAAUUGUUUUUUUUUUCGUAUGCUAAGUAAUUUUUUCAGUUCUUCUUUAGCUUAUUUCUUAUCAAAGUACACUUAAUUUCAUUUUUAUGAACAUUACUUAACAAACAAUUUAAAAAAUAAAAUCAACUGUAUAAAUGAUGAAAACU